GUGUUUCAGAAUUGCCCCCCUGAAUGUUUUUUUUAAAGAUCACACCCUUAUAAAAAUGAAAACCCAGUUUCACCACACCCUUUUACUACCAGUGCUGACUGGGCAUUUGACCAGUGGCUGACGUGGCUAUGGAACCAAUCUGACUGUGUUUUCUUCAUCUUCCAUUUCUAGGGUAAGCUUCCUCCCCCAAUUCGUACGAGAUUCAUUUCCAUCCCUUUGCUUACUCUGUUCUUCCUCGUCCGUUCAAUUCGUUCAUCGCAGAGCCAUGGUUGGUAGCAGUUCACGCACGAGCACGGUUGGGUCAGUAUCAUCGCAUGAUUUGCCCAGAUGUGGGUGUGGUAAAACGAUGAAGAUGUGGAGAGCCAACACAGUGCAAAACCCCAAUCGAAAAUUCUUGAAAUGUCGAAACGCUGGGACUGGGAAUAGCUGUGAACUUUUUCUAUGGGAUGAUGAAAUACUCCAUUUCAGCAAAGGAGAAACCGUAACUUCACCAUUUUGUAAGAAGUGUGAACUACUACAAAUGAAACUGGAAUCAGUGUCAAACAAAUUGGAGAAAGCGAAGAUGAAGGUUGAAGUUCAGAAAAGGAAAAACAUGCAGCUUAGGAUAGCACUUGUUGUGUGUUGUAUGAUUGUUGGUUGUAUUUACAAUUUCAUGUAAUAAGUAGAAUUUAGUUAGGGUUGAAUGAUGUAGUUUUCAAUGAUGUGUAAUAUAAUCACAAACAUGU